AUGAACGGCACUCCUCGGCUUCGGUCUGCAUUCCCUCAGACGCCCCAGACCACACAACGAUUAAAACAGCAAUAUCAGACCCCAACGAAGGCUAGGCCUCGUCCCUCCAAUGAGCUGAAGUCGCCCACGAAAGCAGCGCAAAAUGGAGAUACACCGUUGGUUCCAACACAGCUGAUUGACGCACCAUCGCAGCGUCUCUACGUGGUAACUUUAUAUGUCGCAAUCAAUGCCUGGAAAGUAUAUGAAUCGUGGACCGCAUCCGACGACCUCGAUUCAACAUGGCUUUUUCUGAAGUGGAUAUUCAUUGAUGGCGGGUUUCUGUUUGGUGUACAAGCACUACGGAUACCUUGGAUUGAAUGGAGCUUUGCAACAACACUGGCAGUUUUUUUGAUCCACGUGGCUGGUAAUGUCUUUCUCAUGUUUCGCAUACCGAUCCCAGUGGCCGCUUGGAUAUCCGGAUUCUUUAAAUUGUUUUGGGAUCGCGAAAUAUCAAUAUCAGAGCGACAUGUUAAACCCGGAGAUAUUAUCCACAAUGCGUCAUUGAUCCUCGGAAAACAAAUCGUCCAUAUCCUCCCCGAGGGGUCGGCUAUUCUCAACCCAGACAGGAUUCCACUCUGCUUGGAUGCACACCAUACCUCUGUCGAACUACCAAUUCGUGUUAAUCAAACUGAUCCAAUCCUGAUAGAGCUUUUACAUAUCGACUUGGAUACCCAGAAAAACGAGACAAUCUCCAUACCCUCAAGGCAACUGAAACAAAUGAAGCGCCAGGCAGAAAAACAGAAUGGCGGCUCCAGAUCUAUUCAACACCGUGAUCUGCUUCUGCCCGUGAAAAAGACAGGCUUAUACCGGCUUCAGCGGGUAGUGGAUGAGUCGAAGCUUGACGUGCACAUGCGAACCUCCGAUUCAGUCGUGGUAUCAUGUCCCAAGGCGCUAAUAAAGCAAUCGCCCGUACACAAAUGCAAGGGAGAGCUUUCUAAUCUGAUUCUGGAAGUUGAAGGAACCCCCCCUUUGAAGAUCAAGUACAGUCGACAAGUCAAUCAACGGGAGCGUGGAAUUUCGUUCCAGAAUAUUCAACCGGAUGGCCUCAACUCCCCUCUGCUUUCCCAGAAAACACCCGCAGCCUUGUUUAACCCUAAACAGUUGGAUAUCAGUUGGGCCCAAAGUCAGAAAAUCGAAGUUCCAUUGAAUGAAUCGUUAAAUGUGGGUGGGGAAUGGAUUUAUGCGAUUGAGGAGGUGCAUGAUGGCUGUGGAAACGUUGCGAAUUACUCAAUUUAUCUCGAUGAAAGUGAUCGUGUUUCGAAGGCCUUGGCCCCGUUGCAGCAAUUCUCUGUGCAUGAACGACCUCGCCUCUCUUUGACAGGUUGUAAUGACCGCAAUUUCCUUCAAACAGCCCGAGGGGAGUAUAUUGACCUACCGACAAAUUUCCACCCUUCCGGACAAGGCUAUAGCCAAGAUGGCCCAUUCACUUUCUCCUAUUCGUUCAACGGCAUUGAAAAUGGAACCCCCAAGCCCCGGCAACUCUCAAUCAAGGAUUUGAACCAGAAGACUCAGAUAAAAGAACAAGGGUGGUACACUCUCAGCUCUGUUUCAAGUCAAUUUUGCUCAGGAGAGAUCUUGGAACCCUCCUCCUGUUACCUGCACAACCCUCCAGAGCCAGAGUUGGCAGUCAAGUAUGAAAAAAUAUUUGAUAAAUGUGCCAACAAUUCAGUGGGCCUCCUUGUCGACUUGGAUCUCACUGGGUCCCCGCCAUUCCGUCUUCGUUACACCAUCGAACACUCCAAAGGAGUCGAGACCAAGUCUCAAGUUAUUGAGGGAUUGCGCAAUCAGCUUGAUUUCACUCCUAAAGAGGCAGGUUUCUAUCGUUACCGCUUCCUGGACAUCUCGGAUGCUGUUUAUGGUCCUCGUUCUCUGAAGGACAGUACGCCUGUACUGGAGCAAGAUGUGAAGCCGCCUGCAUCUGCGCGAUUCAUUGGCUCCCGUGAUGUGCGCAAAGCCUGCUUCGGAGAGCCAGUAUCUGCGGAUGUUUCCUUCAUUGGCGAGUCACCUUGGACAUUACAGUAUGAACUUAUCCACAAUGGGAAGCGAACGAAACAUACUCUCCAAAGUGAAGAUGCCAUGGCGACCAUUACUACUGAUCAAUUGAUGAGUGGUGGCGAAUAUACCUUGACCUUGACCAGCAUUCAGGACAGAUCGAACUGCAAACGACUACUCAAGGACAGUGUAAGGAUCGACGCCCGGUCGAAGCCACCUCAUGUUGCAUUUGGCCAUAUCGACAAGAAGAGAGAUGUGUCAGCUCUGCAAGGAUCGAAGGUUGAAAUUCCCCUUCGGCUAAGUGGGGAACGUCCUUGGACCGUGAAGUAUAAGAACGCCGACACUGAUUCCCAUCUUGUUGAGAAGACUUUCUGGGAAGCGAACAGUAAACUGUCUGUCGAUCAAGAAGGCCGAUACGAGCUCGUGGAAGUAUCUGAUGCUUCCUGUGUUGGCACAAUCGACCCAUCUGCCAACAUUUUCAAGGUCUCUUGGAUACCUCUUCCGCGUAUAUUAUCAGUUGACAAUGUUGCUAUCGGUGAAAACCGCAAGAUUUCGAGACCAGAUAUCUGCCAAGGUGACGAUGACAGCCUCGAGCUAAGGCUCUCUGGAAACCCCCCUUACACAGUGCGAUAUGAGCAGCAGCGCAAAGCUAUCAGUGGCUCUUCCUCUGUUAGGAUACAAAGCCUCAGGACAGCUCUCGGUGCAACGACCGUGGAAAUGGACACUUCUGACCCUGGAAUUUACACCUACCGAUUUACCGAGAUAAGCGAUAAUCUCUACGAUAAUGAUCCACGGAACCAAAAUCCUGUCGUUGUUACGCAGCGUGUAAAUGCGCUCCCUUCGGCCAAAUUCGAUUCUCCAGGACAUAUCUAUGGCUUCUGUAAGGAGGAUUCUAGUGGGGAAGAAUACAUUCCCAUCACCCUCACCGGUGUUCCUCCGUUCUCGCUGGAAGUUUCAAUCAAACAUCAUUCAAAUUCCAAGUCCGAGACGGUUUCGAUACCCAACAUCAAUUCAAACCGCCACAACCUUGCCAUUCCGAGGCGUCACUUGGAUCUAGGUCAACAUGUUGUCAACAUACAAAAGGUACGAGACGGUCGUGGUUGCCAGUGGACCACUGAAGUCGACGUGUCUUCUGUCAGAAUUUCUGUUUCAGAUGUCCCUACCAUUAUACCCUUAGAGUCGAAAACGGAUUACUGUGUCGGUGAGCGAGUGUCAUUCUCGCUAUCCGGCACUGCGCCGUUUGAGAUUUUUUACACCUUUGACGAUGCUCAGAGAAAGGCCAAGUCUCAUGACACCAAUUUCCGGCGCAUCGCAGAAAGACCUGGUGAAUUUACUAUCAACGCAGUGAGUGAUGGUGCGAGCGGAAAGUGCAAAGCUCACAAGAAUAUUUCCAAAAUUAUCCAUCCCAUGCCUAGCGUCAAAAUCAGUAAGGGCCAAGUCUCAGUGGUCGAUAUCCACGAAGGUGGUGAAGCAGAAAUUCACUUUGAAUUCUGGGGAACACCGCCAUUUGAGUUCACAUACAUCCGAAGUUCGAAUGCCCGGAAAGGCAAGAAAGCUGAAGUCCUAGAUAUCAAGCAUGAUAUUUCCUACGACCAUGUGAAGACUAUCAGCACCUCCGAUGAGGGUACUUAUGAGGUCGUUGCCAUCAAGGACAAAUACUGCUCAUUUUCGUCACAGCAGCCUAUAGGCAAAUCGAACAAAGCAACGACAAGGUCCUAA